GCGCAAGUAGAUUGUCGGUGUACCCAACUGUUUUCCCAUGUUUCUUCGCCAUAUGGGACACUUCCUACAUUGGGGGUCCUCAUCUCCACUCAAUCUCCUUUGGUGUCCUUUUUCGCGCGCGCUCGCACACUCUCGCCCUCUUUUUCUCCCUCGUCCCCUCUCUCUGUGGUGCCUUUCCCCCACCUCCAAGCGAAGCCCACUUCCAUUGGGGGAAAGAGCUAAGUCGGCCAUCGGUCGUCCCGGAGUCCCCACCCUAUCCCGUAUCGUCUCUCUUGUUCUCCUUUGUUGGCUCCAUAUGCUUUCCACCAUUCUAAAUCACCACCCCCUCGUCACCCUCGUCCCACCCCCCUUCCCGCCCCGACAGCGGAGGGAUCAAGGUUCUCGUCGGGAUGAGAGCCGCUGUACGUCCGUCUCUCGCUUGUGCCUUGGUCGCUUGCAGAUAGUGGGAGAUCGCCCCACGGAGCGUGUGCUUGAUGAAGACAUGACAGGGGUUUUCAGAGAACAACAAGCAGCACGACAUGGAUCCGCUCCAGCAUAGCAUCGACCUGACUAUUCUACGCUCGUACUCUGUAGCUACCGCUUUUGCCCAGAAGCUAGAGUAAGUCAGUGUCCCUCGCCCCAGAAAGUGCCCAAGUAAACUGUCGAUCGUGGCCGAUCCUGUCGACGGCGGUUCCCGGGGGUUAGGCCAGCAUGGGGUCUUGAGGCCGGACGCUCUUUCCGCAGUGGUCUCGGCCGCGGUGUUGCGCUCGGGGGGAAAGAGAGGAUUCAAGGUCCGCAGCGACCAGGUGGUGCAAUCAGAUGCGGUACACCAUCUCUUGGCCCAACCAUUCUGGCGGCCGCUCUACAAAGGCACAAAAACUAAGCCAGCCUGCAGACG